CCACUUGAAUGUUUUUUUCUUUCUCUAUUCCCUCUAACUCAGACAGAAGGUUUCGACUGUUGUAAAAGAGAAAUCAGAUAGAGGAAGAGAGAGAGAGGGUCUCGCAAAAAUCAAUCGGAAGGCAGGAGAAUGAGCGGAGUUUCAACGGCGGCGUAUUUCGCGCGGCGAGCGGCGCAGAAGGAGAGGGUUCGAAUCCUCUAUCGACGUGCCCUUAAGGAUACUCUCAAUUGGGCUGUUCAUCGUCACAUUUUCUACCGAGACGCGUCUGAUCUGCGCGAGAAGUUCAACGCCAACCAAGAUGUGGAGGAUGUUGACAGAAUCGACAAACUGAUUGCUCAUGGUGAAGCAGAAUACAACAAGUGGCGGCACCCUGAUCCUUACAUCGUUCCAUGGGCUCCUGGUGGCUCUAAGUUCUGUAGAAACCCCACUCCACCUGCUGGGAUUGAGAUCGUGUACAACUAUGGUCAAGAAGACAACCCAUGAACCUAACUUUCUUGUUUUCAUAUCCAUCAAUAAAGAUUGAAGCAUCAUCCGGUGGCUAUGGUUCAGAGGAUAAAAUUCAAGACUUUCAAAAGUUGAAACUUUGAGUGACAACAAAUUGUAGUUUUCAAAAGAUGUUUCGUUUCAAUAAGACACUCUUGUUUGUUGUUUCAACUUGUUUUAUAUUUCUUUCAAUCUAAAACAAGCAUGUCAUCAUGAAUCAUGGAAGUUCAUGAAAACUUAUCAGUAAACAACAAAAGUGUAUUAUGUUUUACCUACAAUGGCUCAUAAAUUGUUUGUUCUUCUGUCA